GAGAGAGCAAGAUGGCGACCUCUGCUGUGGAGUGCAGUGUGUAGCUAUGCUGUGGGUGUGUGAUUCGGAGUGAGGAGUACGACAUGUAAACAAACCUGAGGCUGAGCUACAGGAUACCAAUUUGUCUUAAUUUGUCGUCUUUGUCAUUUCAAUCAGGCACAAUGGCUAGUGAUAAAGUGAAAGUGGCCGUUCGGGUCAGGCCGAUCAACCGACGAGAAAUUGAACUUGCGACGAAAUGCAUCGUGGAUAUGGAAGGGAAUCAAACAAUUCUUCAGCCUCACAACGACAGACACGAUGGAGGAGGGCGGAAAACUCCUAAGGUGUUUGCCUUUGAUCAUUGCUUCUGGUCCAUGGACGACAAUGAUCCAAAGUUUGCCAGCCAAGAGCACGUAUUUCAGUGUGUAGGCAGAGACAUUCUGGAGCGGGCUUUUGAAGGCUACAAUGGCUGCAUAUUUGCUUAUGGGCAGACAGGGUCUGGCAAGUCUUACACCAUGAUGGGCAGCCGUGUAGAAAAAGGCCUUAUCCCACGCUUGUGUGACAAGCUCUUUGAGUUCAUAGCCCAGCGGUCUCACGAUGAACUUUUCUGCAAAGUGGAAGUCUCCUACAUGGAGAUAUACAAUGAGAAGGUUCAUGAUCUUCUUGACCCCAAAGGAAGCCACCAGAAUUUGAAAGUUAGAGAACACAACAUACUUGGACCCUACGUUGAUGGCUUGUCAUGUCUGGCUGUUUCGUCUUUCGAGGACAUUGACAACCUGAUGAGCGAAGGGAACAAGUCCCGGACGGUGGCGGCGACGAACAUGAAUAGCGAGAGCAGCCGCUCACACGCCGUCUUCAACAUCAUCAUCACCCAGACCCUCUUGGACACUGCCUCGGGGGUGUCGGGGGAGAAGGUGAGCAAGCUCAGUCUUGUAGACCUGGCUGGCAGCGAGCGCGCCCAAAAAACUGGCGCCGUGGGUGAACGCCUCAAAGAGGGCAGCAACAUCAACAAGUCGUUAACGACACUAGGGCUGGUCAUCUCGGCCCUGGCAGAUCAGUCGUCAGGUCCGAGCAAGAAGGGAGGCAAGUUUGUGCCGUAUCGCGACUCCGUUCUCACAUGGCUUCUAAAGGAUAACCUGGGCGGGAACAGCAAGACGGUGAUGGUGGCCACCAUCAGCCCAGCGGCAGACAACUACGAGGAGACGCUGUCCACCUUGCGCUACGCCGACCGCGCCAAACGCAUCGUCAACCACGCCGUCAUCAACGAGGACCCCAACGCCCGCAUCAUCCGCGAGCUGCGCGAGGAGGUUGAGACGCUCCGUCAGCAGCUGUCCGAGGCGCAGAGCAUGAAAGCCCCUGACCUGCAGGAGCGACUGGUCGAGUCGGAGAAACUGGUGAAGGAGAUGAGCAAGACAUGGGAAGAGAAGCUAAUGGAGACCGAGCGCAUCCACCAGGAGCGCCACAAGGCCUUGGAGCAGAUGGGUAUAUCCGUUCAGUCGUCGGGUAUUCGUCUAGAUAAUACGCGCCCUUACCUGGUCAACCUGAAUGCCGACCCCUCCCUAAACGAACUACUGGUGUACUACUUGAAGGAACACACGCUGGUGGGCCGCCCCAAUGCCCAGACACAGCAGGACAUCCAGCUCAGCGGCCUGGGCAUCAUGCCGGAACACGCCAUUGUCGACCUCGAGAACCACGAUGUCUUCGUCACCCCGCUAGAGGGCGCCAGGACGUGCGUCAACGGCUCGGUCGUGACGGAGCGUCACCGGGUACGUCACGGAGAUCGCAUCGUGUGGGGCAACAACCACUUCUUCCGCCUGAACUGCCCGCGCCCCGCCAACAGUCCACAGAGCCCGGAGAACGAGGAGCAGCAGCAGCGUCUAGGCUAUGACUUCGCGCAGCAAGAGCUGAUGGAGAAGGAGCUGGGCAACGACCCCAUCCAGGAGGCCAUCGGCGCCAUCGAGAAACAGCAUGAGGAGGAUAAACAGGAGGCGCUGGAGAAGCAGCGACAGAUGUACGAGCGCCAGAUGCAGAUGCUGCGCAGUCAGCUGAUGUCCCCAGGUACCCCCAGCUUCCCCAUGCAGCUCUUCGAUGCACAGCGCCUGACGCCCACCACCGCCGCCACCACCAACAGCAUCCAACGAAAGUACCAGGAGUGGGCACAGGACAGGGACAAAAACUUCAAGCACAGCCUGGCAAAACUGAGAGAGGAGUUGGUCAAAGCUAACUCGCUGGUGCGUGAAGCCAACUUCCUAUCUCAGGAGAUGGGCAAGCAGACAGAAUUUCAUGUCACACUUCAGAUUCCUGCAGCCAAUCUCAGUCCCAACAGAAGGCGAGGAGCUUUUGUGAGCGAGCCAGCCAUCUUGGUGAAGCGGAAGAUGCGGAACAGCCAGAUCUGGACGAUGGAAAAGCUAGAGAAUAAAAUCAUCGACAUGAGGGAGAUGUACGAGGAGCGCAAAGCGACAGGGCAGCCCAUGAUGGUAGAAGACCCUAUUGAUGAACUCGAUGGCUCCAACUGGGACAACGGCCCUCCAACUGUUGGUGACCCGUUUUAUGAGUCACAAGAGAACCACAAUUUAAUUGGUGUGGCCAACAUCUUCCUGGAGUGCCUGUUCCAUGAUGUGAAGCUAGAUUAUCACGUCCCUAUCAUCAGCCAGCAGGGGGAGGUAGCUGGGAAACUUCACAUUGAGAUCUCAAAGAUGGGCGGUGCGGUGCUGGAUCGGUAUGUCGACUUGGCUGCUGAAAAUAACCAAGAGGAGACAACUGUGCCUAUGGGUGCACCACUCUUGAUUCGGGUGUGCAUACGCGAUGCUCGAGGACUGCCACCUGCCCUGUCACACUUUGUCUUCUGCCAGUACAACUUCUGGGGACAUUCCGAAGCUGUUGUGGUACCACCAGAAAUCAACCCAGACUACAUCAACAAGAAAGAUGAUGACAGCGUCUCCUUUAUAUUCAACCAUGAAAAGGUUUUCAGAGUGCCCAUCACAGAAGAAUUUAUAGAGUUUAGCUCCGAUGGAGCUCUGUCUAUCGAAGUGUGGGGCCACCGUAGCCAUGGUUUUGGCCAGCCUGUCACGGUUCUUGACACUGCCCAAGCUAAGUCACGGUCGGUUGCAGACAGGUGGAAUGAAGUCAUGCGCAAAAUCGAAAUGUGGGUUGAGUUCCAUGAGUUGAAUGAUCAAGGAGAAUACACACCUGUGGAAGUCAUCUCCAAACCUGAGGUGCCUUGUGCAGGUGCUUUUCAACUGAGACAGGGACAUUCACACCGUGUGCUAGUGAGAGUCAAGCCUGUGGCCAACUCGGGCACCUUGCCCCUCAUCUGUGAGUGUAUCACAUCCCUGUCCAUUGGCUGUCUGACCGUUCGGUCUAAACUACAGAAGGGGCUGGACAGCUAUCAGGAAGAGGACUUGACAGUGUUGAGAGACCGCUGGUCCAAGGCCUUGGCUCGUCGUAAACAGUACUUGGAUGAACAGAUACAGAAGCUCAUCAAUAAGCAAGAUAAGAGCGAGGCAGACUCAGAGAGGGAAAGAGCACUUAUUGAGCAGUGGGUGUGUUUGACAGAAGAGCGUAAUGCUGUUCUCUUACCUGCUCCUGGCAGCAACAUACCUGGGGCACCUGCAGACUGGGACCCUCCACCAAAUGUUGAGGAGCACUCGCCAGUUCUCUUCUUGGAUCUUAACGCUGAUGACAUGAGCACACCCAGUGUCAAGGAAGGCCUGCAGGCAGUGGGAGUCAACUCCAUUUUGCCCAAGGAACAUGGCACCCAGUUUGUCUCCCUUCCUCUCAUCAAGUGCUAUUCAGAGAUGGAGAACGUUUGUGCUAUUGCCUCCUGGGACUCCUCUCUGCAUGAUUCACCAAACCUAAACCGGGUGACUCCUGCCAGUGAGCGGAUCUACAUGGUAGUGAAGGCUGUGGUGAGGCUAAGCCAUCCUGCAUCCAUGGAACUGGUGCUACGCAAACGAGUGGCCAUCAACAUCUACAAAAAGCAGAGUCUUACCUCCCUUACCCACAUGCUAAAAAACAGGAUUAUUGGCUCUGAUUUCCUGUACAGCAGUGGAAUCAUAUAUGAGGUGGUUUCCAACAUGCCAAAGGGCUCAGAGGAACUGGAAGACAUGGAGACUUUGGCCCAGAUAGCUGCCUCCCACAAUGACACCUCUGCCAUUGAUGGCGAAACAUACAUUGAAAAAUAUAUCAAAGGGAUUUCUGCUGUGGAGAGCAUUCUUACACUGGAUAGACUUAGACAGGAAGUUGCCGUCAAACAACACCUGAAGGUGUCUGGCCGACCUUCCAAUUUGAGAAAAACAACAAGUGUGCCCAACAUCAAUCAGGCAAAUCCUAACAAGAUUGUCACUUCUCCUAUUGCGGCACUUGAGUACCAGCUUCGUGCGGACAGUGUACAGGACCUUUCUAUGCUGGACCAGUUCUCCCCAAAGUCCCACAGCUUUCCUGGUGAGUUGAUCCAACUGCGAUCUCUAUCAGAAGUCAGUGAAACCAUGGCAACCAUAGCUAAGGCAGCCUGCCAGUGCAAACGCCACUCGUUUUCUUUCGCCACACCUAAGCUGGUCAGUCCGCUGUCCACUACUGGCAAGCUGGUCAAACCCAUGAUGACCCUUGUGGAAGAACAGCACCAACGUGAGGCGUGGCCCCUCCUGAGAAAAGACACAGAGGAGGACCUGGACGAGGAGGACGAGCUGCCAAUGCCUAAACCCCACGUGGCUCGCCGCCUGCUUGAUGCAGAUUUUGUCGAUACCCACAGCAUUGACUCCGAUGACUACCAGGAGUUCGAGUCUUACCAGUCCCAACAGACCAAGGGCGAUGGUGCCAAAGAUUCCCACGCGCCUCACGCUGGUACAACUGCCACAGCCACCCAGAUGACCCCCUCAUCAACAGCGGACAGUCUGGCGGAGGCCCCCAUCAAGAACUACACCCCCAGCAUGACCUCCAGUGGCUACGGGUCGCAGGCCGUCUCCACCCUCACCCUGUCCUCAGAGGACUCGCUCAGCAUCAAGAGCAUCGAAGAUCAGUCCGAGGCCGGCACCCGCCACGUGCAGCUCGGAGGUCACAAGGCCGAGGGGGCAGAGGUCAGCGUGGACAGCGAGGCUGACGAGCAUGUCGGAGACGUGGUGGGCUGCCUGGCCAAGGAGGCCCUGAACGAGGAAACGGAAGAAGAGGAGUACGGCGACGAAGGUGACGAUGAAACGAAAGCGAGGAACAAUGAGUCUGGCCAGUCGCUGGGCGACGGUGGCGACUCCUCGCUCAAGACGAGCCCGCCUCACGUGACAACAGCAACAGCUGCGGCGGCGUCUGGUGCAGAUCGCACCUGGAGCAACAGUGACGUGGACAGUGAUCCUUACAGCAUCACGGCCAUGGACGAACUGGAGAAGCUGGGGAUGGUGGAGGAGGAAGAGGAAGGGGCGGAUGGGGUUCAAAGAGGAGGGGAGAGAAAGCGCUGCUGCUGCAGCAAACGGCAGAAACUCCGCCCAGCGACAACAACCGCCGGCUGCCCACGUCACGAACCACCCGGUGGUGGAGGUGACAGCCGCAGCUGACCUUCACCCCAAGCACCAGGAAGGAAGUGCCAAGCGGGUGGUCGGCAAGCGCAAGGGUCUGGGCAUCCGCCCCAAGUCCAUGGUGGUGUCGCCACAGGCCGAGAAAAUCACCAAGGCCUGGCUGGACACGCAGGAAGACUUGCACC